GCUUCAUAGCUUACUUUGAUAAUCAACUUCUCCUCUUCAUCUCCUCUUCUUCUUCUUGUUCUUGUUCUUGUUUAGUUUAUCAAGAGUGGUUGAAGAUGGUGAGAGCUCCAUGCUGUGAAAAGAUGGGGUUGAAGAAAGGGCCAUGGACAUCAGAAGAAGAUCAAAUCCUUGUCUCUUAUAUCAAUAACUUUGGCCAUGGCAAUUGGCGUGCUCUUCCUAAACUUGCUGGUUUAUUAAGGUGUGGGAAGAGUUGCAGACUUAGAUGGACAAACUAUCUUAGGCCAGACAUCAAAAGAGGCAACUUCAGUAAAGAAGAAGAAGACACCAUUAUCUCCUUGCAUCAAUCUCUUGGCAAUAGAUGGUCUGCAAUUGCUGCACAACUUCCGGGUAGAACAGACAAUGAAAUCAAGAAUGUUUGGCACACUUAUUUGAAGAAAAAAAUUGAUAAUAAUGUGCCGGGAUCGAAGCCGAAGCCGAAGCCGAAGAAGAAUAACAAGAAUGUGAAAUGUUUAGAGACAAAUGCCGCGAAGAUUUCUGCUGUUAAUUUAUCUGAGUCUCCUUCGAGAUCUUGCAGUACUGAUUUGUCAUCUUCGUCGAUGAUCACGGAGUGGACUGAUACAGCAAUUGAGUUUCCGGUUGUGGAUGAGAGUUUCUGGUCGGAGGUUAUGUCGGUGAAUGGCGAUGAACCUUCUCCGGAAUUGCUGAGUCGAUCAAAUGGCGAUGAAAGCAUGGAUUUCUGGUUGAGAGUCUUCAUGGAAGCAGGAGAGUUCGGCGAAUUACCUGAAAUUUAAUUAACAAUAAUAUAACAUUUUUUUUACUGAGAUACCGACAAAAUACAUCGUAGUAUAAGGUUCACUCACAGGAUUUAUUGUACAUUUCAUCGUCUUCAGUGUCAAAAGUCGAAACCAUAUAUGUAACUCUUUUUGACAAAGAAUAUAAACUUCUUCAUUUCAUUGUCAUUCA